CUCCUCCUCUUCCUCCUCCUCACCCACUCUGAGAAAUCUUGGAGCCUGAGGCUCUGUUGGUCCUCAUCUCCUCUGUUUCUCCAUGCAAGCUCUUGGUUUUUGCUUGCCGCUCAAUCUCUGUCCACAGAACCAUUUCGCAGAAACCCAUUUCGUCGAAACCGCUUUGGAUCGUCCCUCUCUGUUUCUGGGUGGUUUUUUUUUUUUUUUUUUUCCUACUUUUCCAGUGAGAAAAUGAACUUAGAUACAUGAUAUCUCUCGUGCUGUUCUUGAACGCGCGAGCAUCUUCAUGUCUCCGGUUCUCAGCGAAAUCCUCCGUUCGGGUUAUAUAAUAAGUUCUUCUCUGAGGCGCCGGACCCACUUGGUUCAAUCUUUCUCUGUUGCGUUCCUCUACUGGUUCUACGUUUUCUCAUGAUCUAUCUACCUUAGGUUCUUUCGCGUAGUAUUCAUAUACGUAUAUAGCUUUCGGAAUCGGCUAGAACAUCGUUAGGAUCUGGGUCUCGUGUGUUUUUUUUUUUUUUUUUUCUUUCGUAGUUGGCUCAGAUCUUGAAAUAAUAUCAUAACUUUAAUUGAACCCCUGUUUUUUUGGGUUCCAAUUUGGUGUUUUGCGAGUCGGGUGUAAAUAUACUACCAUUAUUAUGGCUUCCUCGAGCCCGAAUUCCAAUUCCUCCUCGGGAACAACCGCCACCGCCGCCACCCGGAUUCAAAGCUCGAGCUCCGAAGAAGACGUGUUGCUGCAGAUCCAGAGGAAGAGGAAGAGGAUGGAGUCGAACCGGGAGUCGGCGAGGCGGUCGCGGAUGCGGAAGCAGAGGCACUUGGACGAGCUCGCUGCCGAAGCGAGUCAGCUGCGGAGGGACAACCACCAGAUCAGCACCAGCAUCACCAUCACCAACCGCCACCUGCAGGGCCUCGAGGCGGAGAACUCGAUCCUGAGGGCUCAGGCCCACGAGCUGAGCCAGAGGUUCCAGUCCCUCAGCGACAUUCUCGGUUACAUCCACACGAACAACCUCGGGGCGUGCGGGAUCGUCGACGACGAGGUCGUGGGCGGCGGCGUCCGGGCAACGAGUUACGACCACUUCCUGAACCCGCUCAACUCGCUGGGGCAUCACGUUAACCAGCCAAUCAUGGCAGCUUCGGACAUGUUUCAGUACUGAACGUGAAGAAAAUCUCACCACCAAACCUAAUAAUCUCCGUCCAUGUUUUUGGUGCUUUGUUCCGUGUUUGCCAAAGUAAUUAAGAAUUUAUUAAGGUGGGGGCAGUGAACGAGUGAUGCAAUGGAUUAGAUCAGCUAAUCUGGGUGGUACUUGUGAUGUGUACUUUUGACUAUAGUUUUGCGUGGUUUUUGUUUUGUUUUUUUUUUUUUUUGAGUUUGUGGGUUUU